CACUUCUCUCUACAUCAACAAUCACGCAAAUUUUCUCAAAAACAAUUCAUCAAACAUCUUAUCCACUAUUCGAAUUCGGUUCUAAUGAGCCCUCUCUCGUCGACUCGAUUUCGAUUGGUAACCGAUAGAAGUUACAAUGAAAGAGAGGAAGACAUAUAGUUGCUGCCUCUUGGAAUGGAUUGAACUUUGAGCCCUCCUCUUCGCAAUUGGGUAAUUUAUCUUUAUCAAUAGCUGCUGAAUUUAUCUUUUACUCAGGUUAGUAUGCAUCUUUUGGUGAUUGUGUGUGUGUGUGGAGAAGGCAAACACGCAUGAGACUCAUGCGUGUUUCUUAAAAGACGCGAGACGGUGAUGCGUCUUUGUUUAUACACGCGAGAGAGAGACGCGUGUUUCAUUUAAACACACGAGAGGCGCUCGCGUCUUUCCCUUCAUUGGAAUUUUUUUUUUUGCGGGUACAAAUGGCGGAUAAGAACUCUCAUGACGUACAUUCGUGGAAUUUAGCCGCAGAUUAUCGCCCUGAUAUUGCUUUUCAGGCAAUCCAAACAAUUUUAGAUAGUCGUGUGAACAACACUGGGAGGCUUAAAGCUCUAUAUGUAAGCACACAGCAAGGUGAUCUUAUAGAGAUCAAGCCCCACGUGCGUAUGCCAAGAACAUACAAGAGCUUCGCGGCACAAUUGCUGCACAAGCACCACAUUAAUGCAACUGGCAGCAGUGAAAGACUGUUACAAAAAAUCAAGAACCCUAUGACCAAGUAUUUACCCACAAACAGUCGUAAAAUAGGCUUAUCACAUAGUUCGGAAAAAUUGGUCGAUAUGCACAACUGCAUUGCUAAUAUCAACGAAGAGAUGGAUAUAGUUUUUGUGCUAGGAGCAAUGGCCUAUGGGAAAAUUGAUAGAGAUUAUGUUGAAGAUUAUGUUUCAAUCUCCGAAUGCAAUUUGAGUGCUGCGUACGCAAUUUCGAUGAUUACAAAUGCCGUAGAAAGGAAGUUCAAGAUCAUGUAGUGAAAGCCCCUAUGCCGUAGCUCGGUUUCAUACACCUUGGUUUGGUUAUGCAAGUUUUACAUCUGAGGUUAAUCUUUUACUGAAAUUUUGCACAUUUGUUUGUUAGCCAUUCUGCUCUGGCGUUUUGGU